CACACGAGUCGCGGGAGGAAGAAGAGAAAGGAAACAGGACAUGGCAAAGUCAUUGUGAGCAGAAUUUUAGGCCACUAGUUAUUUUUGAAUCGAGUAGAAGCUUCUUUGGCAUCGGCAGCUAGUGUUUUGUACAGCUUUACAUCUUGUUUCUCAAAGAAGGCGGGCGUUCGUUGGUACCGUGCCGCCCCAGUGUAUCUGCAAAGGAUAGGUGCUGGGCUUUCCUGACAUUCCGUUUUAGCUCCUGGUUACCAUCUGCCAUAAGCUAUGGGCAAAAAGCGAAGCAAAAACAGAGGCGGCACAGGGCCAGCCUCGAUGGACACGAGCGAGGGGGUCGAUGCAAGCAACCGGACUGGAGGCGGUGCGGAAGCAGCUAUGGACACGACAGAAGCGGUGGCCACAACAGCGGGAGUGGUCGUAGCAUCCACAACUAGAAAGGGGUUUGCGGUGGGCAGGAACAAGAACGAGGCGCAGAUUCGGAAGAACAAGAAGAAGCGGAAAGUAAAGAAGCUAGAGCGAGCGCUGGUCGUGCAGGAGAAGGAGCAGAGCAAGGUUGAAAAGGAGAUAGAAAAAAAGGAACGGAAACAAACGAUGAAAAAGCUAUAUUGAAUGCGGAUUCAGGAUGGACGGAGGUCUUGCGUGUUGAGAUGCUACUCAUCGUUGACUCCCGGGGCCAGAUCGACUUCAUUGACUGAUUACUGGCCUUGGAAGCGGCUGGUCGCAUCGCAGCAUUGUACUUACACGUGCAUGCGGCCGCCAGUCUUGACAUCUGCCUGAACCCUUCAAGCUAGUCUGUGUUGGUUCCCGAUCAACAUUCAUUUGCAAUUAAAAUGAGAAGAGC